AAUGUGAACGCAUAAAGUUGUUUCAUUAGUUCCUAGUGUUUAGCUGUUUUUUUAUGUUUGUUAUACUGCGUAUUUAGCGUUUAUUAAUUUAUUUAGUGUACUAGUGAAUGUCCGAAGAAAUGCUCGCGAUGCACUAUUCAGCGUUGCUGCCCAGUGUUGUAUUGAUGCUAGUCCUGACAGUUACUGUUGAUGCCAAACAGUGUUCCUCCCCGAGAGAUGUGUGCGUACUGGUGAAACACUGUCCCCAUAUUUACGAUGCAAUCCUUUCGAACGAGGCGCGCCAAAAUGCCACCCUGCAAAACUACAUCCUAUCCCGUGCGUGUCACGCCGCGAGUGGCGAUGAGGCUCCACGUGUUUGCUGCGACAGCUCGCGGACAGCGGGCCUCGGCGAACGUUGUCUCAACUCGGAGAACAAACCCGGGAAGUGUGUAGCCGGAACACAGUGCGAACCAAUCGCGAGGUAUCUCAAGCGGGCCCGUCGCAAUGCCCUUGCUGAGCGGGAGUUAGACCAAAGUGUGUGCUAUCGUGAAGAUGAUAAGAACUACUACUGCUGUCCUGAACAGUCCAUUCUCGGAACACCGACCAAAAAACACCGCCCGAAGGAUGAUAACAACCUUCAGCCGGUUGCAAAUGCCUUCACAACCUGUCGGGACGCAAAGAGCGAGCCCGGUUUGUGCCUUCCGGUGCGACACUGUGAUCCAAUAUUUCAGGCCUUCCUCGACUCCCGCAUCAAUCGUGAUCAGCACCUGGCGGAAUUCGUUCGGAGCAGUACCUGUCCAUCGGAUGCGACCAACGGACAUUCGAUAUGUUGCGCGAAACCUCGUAUCAAAGCCGGUAACGCCUUCAUUCGGCACCCGAAUGCGGCCAAGCUAGGAUUUAAUCGCUGUGGUGUGGUUCGUUUCGUGGAUAAGAUUCUACAGGGCACCGAAGCGGGACUCGGGCAGUACCCGUGGAUGGCAAAUUUGAUGUAUAAGCGGCGGAAUGCGGAGGUGAAGACCCUUUGCAGCGGUUCGUUGAUUCAUCCACGGUAUGUGCUCACGGCGGCCCACUGUAUGAGGGGAAGUGUUCGUCCUUUCGCUGUUCGUCUGGGUGAGCACAAUCUGGAUUCCGAGCCGGACUGCGUCAAACGAGUUUGUGCUGGUCCGGUUAAAGAAUAUAUCAUCGAGGAGCUAAUCCCGAACGAAAACUUCAACGGUUACAGUGCCGAUCAUGAUAUCGCCUUGAUACGACUGGAGAAGCAAGUUGAGCUGUCGGAGACGCAGAUCUAUCCAGUAUGUUUACCACUGAGCCAGAAUCUGUUGAUGCUGAUGCCGAAGAAACUAACCGUGACUGGAUGGGGUCUGACGGAGGAAUUAACAUCCUCACCGGCACUGCUGGAAGCCGAGCUGGAAGUCGUCGAGCGGACGCAACUGUGCGACGGGGAGUCGACUUUCUGCGCGCGGGGUAGAAAUAAGGCGAGUCAUUGUCGGGGGGAUUCUGGCGGACCCUAUCAGACGGUUGUUCCCACAGUCGAUGGUUACAGAUACGUUCAGUUUGCGAUUAUUUCCGGUGGACCCGGUCAGUGUAGCAUAGAGGAAAAGCAGCCAGGCGUAGGAGUAAUGGUUGGAUAUCACCUCAAUUGGAUACUCGAUAAUAUGAGAAUUUGACCUGAAUGGGAUGCGACAUGAGAGAGCAAUGUCAUGACAAUAAAGAAAAAAAAAAUAUUUAUUUUACCAAAUCAAGAGGAAAUGGUAUGUUUCCGAAAGCACUGACAUCAUCGCCUCGGUUCCCAGAAAAAAUCACAGAAGAAAUAACCCUUACGGAAAGCACCGUUUUGUCUCAAAUUCCGAACACUUAAUUUUUAAAUGUAAAUUUACUGAACUUUAAUGUUAUAAAUGAUUGAAUAGUGAAAACUCUGAAAUUAUGUGGGUUAUAGGCCUAAGGGGGGAACCUUAUCUGGAAGGUCGGAAAAUAAUGAAUUUCCGUGGAUUUUUUUUUGAUGUUGCGAAUAAAAUGAAGUGUACUAAGUAAUUGAAAAAAAUGACUGUAGAAAACAGUGAUAAAAUGUUUGUAUUAGCAAAUAUUGUAAAAAAACAUACAUCAUUAAGUUUUCAGUUUUUGAAGUUUUUGUAGUAACUAUUUUGUUUGCAGUUUCCAUGUUAAAUGCUAGAGAAGGUAAGAAUCUAUUUGUAUAUACAGCCAAUCCAAUCCAAACCGAUGGCUCUCAGAUUUUCGUGGAAAGUGAUAGAUUUGGUCUUUAUCGUAAACAAUUGGACCCGUAUUUAUUAUUUUUUCGUUAAGGUAACCAUUUCGAAAAAAAAUUGUUUUCACACUUUUUUCCUAAAAUGACUUUUUACAAAAAUUCAUAACUUUCGAACUACUGGACCGAUUUAAAUGUUCGACAUAUCAAAUUAAAGCCACCUCGUCUUUCCAGGACAAAUACUUCAGUUGCAGGAAUUUUAAAUUUUGUUUCCGUUAUUGUGUCAUUGAUAGUAUUUGUUUUUUAUGGUUUUCAUGGUCUCGGGACCAAGGGCUCUAUAUUUUUUUAUUUUUUUAUUUAUAACUUUUGAACUACUGUACCGAUUCAGAUGAUUGACGAACCAAAUUAAUGCACUUUAGCUUCUAGUAUAGUCGCAUAGAAAUAUUGAACGAACACUAAAAACAUGUUAACAUCGAAAAAUCAUUACAUUAAAACGAUAAAGAACCCAUCUCAGAUUUUUGGAUAAGUUAUAUAAAAAAAAACUUCAGCUUUCAAGAAAAAAUAUAAAAAAAUAAGGCGCUCUUAGUCCCGAAACCAUGUAAACUAUACAAAAACAUACAACCAAUAAUCACAAAAACAAAAUCCAAUUUCUUCGAAAAUGUAAUAUGAAAAAGAAGUCUAGCAUAAACAUAUAUACAUGUACACGAUAAAAAUCCGGCUCUGUUACAGAUAAAAUGCGAGCCUGAUUGGCUUUAAUUUGAUAUAUCGGUCUAGUAGCUCAAAAGUUAUGAAUAUUUAAAAACAGUCAUUUUAGGAAAAAAAAAGUGAUUUUUCGAACCACCCUAAAACGGAAAAAGGUCACCCUAAUGAAAAAAAUUAAAAAUACGGGUCUAAUUGUUUGCGAUGAAGAACAAAUUUACCAUUUCUCAUUAAAAUCUGAGAUUGGCAUGGAAUGGCUGUUUAUUAGGGUGACAGCGAAAAUGGUCAUGUCAAAUUUCAAAAACCGACCAUGUACAUUUUGUUUAUUGGCCAAAAAAAUGACCUGUGCAAAAUUUCAGCUCAAUCGGACAUGAUUUAGGGGUGCCUCAAAGCACUCAAAGAUUUGAUUUUUUGAUCCUCAAAAAUCUUCCAAGGGGGGAGGAAAUUUGGAAAAUCGAAAAAAAAAUCCGAUGCCAAAUGACUUAAAAAUGCAUGAAACGUUGAGAUCUGGUGUCAUCUAGGAGACAAAUUUUUGGCCUAAAAUCGACCUUUUGGGGCAUGAGUGGCCAAGAAAUCAAAACUUUCAGUGCAUAACACAGCAGCUCAGAAGGUUAUGCUGGUAGGACCAGGUGGGUGUGGUGUACUAUGAGCUGCUAGAACCGAAUGAAACCAUUACGGGGGAUCUCUACCGACGACAAUUGAUGGGUUUGAGCCGUGCACUGAAGGAAAAACGGCCACAAUACGAGCAAAGACAUGAUAAAGUUAUUUACAGCACGACAAUGUUCGGCCGCAUGUCACGAAACCGGCCAAACAUACUUGGAAACACUGAAAUGGGAGAUCCUAUCACACCCGCCGUAUUCUCCAGACAUUUCUCCGUCCGAUUACUACCUUUUUCGAUCGAUGCAACAUGGCCUGGUUGACCAGCACUUUUCCAAUUUUGAUGAAGUCAGAAAAUGGAUCGAUUAGUGGUUAACCGACAAACCGGUCGAUUAAGUUGUGACUAGCAAUGGGCAAUAAUUAGAAUAUUGAAUGUGUAACCAUUUUCGCAACAUAGAGCAUUAAUUUUUGAAAAAAAAAACGUAGAAACUUACCGGUACUCAUAUUAUAUUUUUACAUACUUAUAUAUUUGUAUAUAUAUUGUAUAUAUAUUACCUUAAGAAAAAGCAGGACAUUUUAAAGAAACUAAAAUAAAAGAUUCACUUGCAGGCUAAGAAGUUUGUAUGUAAUUUUGGAGUCAUUCAAGUUCAGUAGUGUCUAAAUUUCAAAAAGAGCUUUGGCUUUCGUGAGAUUGGAAUAUUGUAUAUAGCGAAAAGUUUACGGCA